UUUGUUGCGUUCUAGAGGAACAUCGAGGAACCAUGAGCAACUUGAAGCAUGAGGAGUUUGAUUGCCACUUCCUGGAUGAAGGCUUUACCGCCAAGGACAUCCUAGACCAGAAGAUUAACGAGGCGUCUUCCUCUGAUGACAAGGAUGCCUUUUAUGUCGCCGACCUUGGGGACAUUCUCAAGAAGCACCUGAGGUGGCUGAAAGCUCUUCCUCGCGUGACCCCCUUUUAUGCUGUCAAGUGCAAUGACAGCAAAGCCAUAAUAAGGACCCUGGCUUCCAUUGGGACUGGCUUCGACUGCGCUAGCAAGACUGAAAUCCAGUUGGUGCAGGGCCUCGGGGUUCCUCCGGAGAGGAUCAUCUACGCCAACCCCUGCAAGCAGGUGUCCCAGAUUAAGUAUGCUGCUAGCAGCGGGGUCCAGAUGAUGACUUUCGACAGCGAAGUGGAGCUGAUGAAAGUUGCCAGAGCACAUCCAACAGCCAAGUUGGUGUUGCGGAUUGCCACUGAUGACUCCAAGGCAGUCUGUCGCCUCAGUGUUAAAUUUGGUGCCACACUCAAAACCAGUAGGCUGCUUCUGGAGCGCGCAAAAGAGUUAAAUAUUGAUGUCGUUGGCGUCAGCUUCCAUGUGGGAAGUGGCUGCACGGACCCGGAAACCUUCGUGCAGGCGCUGUCUGAUGCCCGCUGCGUCUUUGACAUGGGGGCCGAGGUGGGAUUCCACAUGUAUCUGCUCGAUAUCGGGGGGGGCUUCCCUGGCUCGGAGGACGUGAAGCUCAAGUUUGAAGAGAUCACCAGUGUGAUCAACCCCGCGUUGGACAAGUACUUCCCCUCCGACUCCGGGGUGAGGAUCAUCGCAGAGCCGGGCCGGUACUACGUGGCCUCGGCCUUCACCCUGGCCGUGAACAUCAUCGCCAAGAAGCUCGUCCUGAAGGAGCAGCCAGGCUCUGAUGAUGAGGAUGAAGCGAGUGAGCAGACUUUCAUGUACUAUGUCAAUGACGGCGUGUACGGCUCCUUCAACUGCAUCCUGUACGACCACGCGCACGUGAGGCCCCUGCUGCAGAAGAGACCCAAACCAGAUGAGAAGUACUACUCCUCCAGCAUCUGGGGCCCCACAUGUGACGGCCUGGAUCGGAUUGUGGAACGCUGCGGCCUGCCCGAGAUGCAUGUUGGCGACUGGAUGCUGUUUGAGAACAUGGGCGCCUACACGGUGGCUGCGGCCUCCACCUUCAAUGGCUUCCAGAGACCCACCAUCUACUACGUGAUGUCGAGACCCAUGUGGCAACUCAUGCAGCAGAUCCAGAGCCAUGACUUCCCGCCUGAGGUGGGGGAGCCGGACACGGGCACGCUGCCUGUGUCCUGUGCUCAGGAAAGCGGGAUGGAGCGGCACCCAGCGACUUGCGCCUCAGCCAGCAUUAACGUGUAAAAGCCACUCUGUAGCUGUUAAUUGCGGGCGUAGCUUGAAUUGUGGGAUGUGGGGGGACCAUUUAACUUAAUUACCGCCAGUUUUGAAAUGUCUAAGAGUAGGGCUGGAAGCAAUAUGGAAGGCUAGGGGAUGGGGCCACACUUAUCUGUGUUCCUAUGGAAACUAUUUGAAUAUUUGUUUUAUAUGGAUUUUUAUUCACUUUUCAAACAUGCUACUAAAGAGUACCCCUCAGCUGCUGGGCAAGCGUUUGUAGCUUGUCCAAUGGCAGGCGGGCCGGAAGCUCCAUGUUGGCACCUGUUUGGAAAAUAAACUAUCUUGAAAUAAUUAC